AUGGCAACAUCACGAAGAAGUAAUAAUACAAGUUUAUCCUCAAGUAUACAUGAACGUCGGCAAGUGCAAGCUCGAAUACGUGCGCUUCAGCAGCGAACCAAUGCUGUGCAUGAAGAAUUAUCUCGUUCAUCAUCAGUUGCUAAAAUAGCUGUUCAUGAUGUUGAACGAGCUUAUAUAAGAAUAACAAAUGAAUAUCGAGAACAGCGUGAUCAACUUUUACAAAGUCUUCAUCAUGUUAACAAAAAUAUCAAAGAAUCAACACAUGAGCUUGAUGGUAUACGUAAAAGUUUAUGUACAGCUCAAUCAUUUCAUUUACCAUUAAAUUCACCAAGAUAUUCAAAUGAUUAUGAAGUACAUGAAAUGAAUGCUAUGGUUAAUGAUAUUGAACGUGUACUCAAUAAAAUAUCACAACAACUUAAACAAGUAAAUAUAAAUAUAUAG